UCCUAACCCUAAUCCGAAUCCCCACGCAAAACCCUAAACGCUCGCCAGCCGCCGGAGAAAAUGGAGCACCUAGACCUAGCGAAGGCCUCCACCGACGGCGGCGGCGGAGGGAACCUGGUGCUCAUCCUGGACUACGGUUCCCAGUACACCCACCUUAUCACCCGCCGGAUCCGGCAGCUCUCCGUCUUCUCCCUCUGCAUCUCCGGCACCUCCUCUCUCUCCUCCAUCGCCGAGCUAAAGCCCCGCGUCGUCAUCCUAUCCGGCGGGCCGCACUCCGUCCACGUCGACGGAGCCCCCUCCUUCCCCGACGGCUUCCUCCAGUACGCCGAGGAGAACGGCGUGUACAUACUCGGUAUCUGCUACGGCAUGCAGUUGAUCGUCCAGAAGCUCGGGGGAGAGGUCGCCAUCGGAGAGAAGCAGGAAUAUGGGAAGAUGGAUAUCUCGGUGGAGCAGGAGGAGUGCGGGCUUUAUGGGCCGGAGGCUGCCUGCGGGACUCAGACGGUGUGGAUGAGCCAUGGUGACGAAGUGGUGAAGUUGCCCGAGGGAUUCACGGUGGUUGCGAGAAGUUUACAGGGAUCGGCGGCGGCGAUUGAGAACCACUCCAGAAGGUUUUACGGGCUUCAGUACCAUCCGGAGGUGACGCAUUCACCUCAGGGAAUGGAAACACUGCAGCAUUUUCUUUUUGAUGUUUGUGGGGUAACUGCCGAUUGGAAGUUGCAAGAUGUACUCGAGGAGGAAAUAAAAGUCAUCAAAGGAAUGGUAGGACCUGAUGAACAUGUCAUUUGUGCAUUAUCGGGUGGAGUAGAUUCCGCUGUUGCAGCUACUCUUGUUCAUAAGGCGAUUGGAGAUAGGCUGCACUGUGUUUUUGUUGACAAUGGAUUAUUGAGGUAUAAGGAGAGAGAGCGAGUGGUGUCAACAUUCAAGAGCGACUUGCAUUUGCCAGUUACUUGCAUUGACGCAUCUGAUCAAUUUCUUAGUAAGCUUAGAGGUGUUAAAGACCCGGAGUGUAAAAGAAAAAUCAUUGGAAGGGAGUUCAUAUCUAUUUUUGAUGAUUUUGCUCACGAGUUGGAAAAAAAAAUGGGAAAGAAACCUGCUUUCUUGGUCCAGGGAACUCUGUAUCCUGAUGUGAUCGAGUCAUGCCCUCCUCCUGGAAGUGGAAGAACUCACUCCCACACAAUCAAGAGCCAUCAUAAUGUUGGAGGACUUCCGAAGGACAUGAAGCUAAAGCUCAUCGAACCACUUAAACUCCUCUUUAAAGAUGAGGUACGAAAACUGGGAAGUAUUCUGAAUGUUCCUGAAUCAUUUUUGAAGAGACACCCAUUCCCUGGGCCUGGCCUUGCUGUUCGUGUCUUGGGUGAUGUUACAGAAGGAAAUGCCUUAGAGAUUCUACGCCAGGUCGAUGAGAUAUUCAUUCAGUCGAUAAAAGAUGCUGGUCUUUAUGAUUCCAUCUGGCAAGCUUUUGCUGUUUUUUUGCCAGUACAAUCAGUUGGGGUUCAAGGUGACCAGAGAACUCACUCUCAUGUAGUUGUUCUUAGAGCAAUUACUAGCGAGGAUGGAAUGACUGCAGACUGGUACUAUUUUGACCACAAAUUUCUUGUUGAUGUGGUUCGAAAGAUAUGCAAUAACGUCCGGGGAGUAAACAGAGUCUGCCAGGACAUUACGUCAAAACCACCAGCAACUGUCGAAUGGGAAUAAUUUCAAUUUGGCAGCCUUCAGGUUGAACAUGACCAUGCUGAACAUCUUCUGCACUCGAGCAGGCUUAAAAUUUGAACCUGACUCAUGAUAUUUAUCUGAACGAGCAGUUGUUCUUUCCUGUCCAUGAUUGCAUGGAUCCAUCCAAAGCAAGGAAGAAUGGCUGGGUCUACUGUGAAAUGGCAAGAUUAGGAUUUUAUAUAUAUAUAUAUAUAUAUAAAAUCCUAAUAAGUUCUACUGUUAAAUUUCUUGCUUCCACAACGUGUUUCGUCUAUUCAGUAAUUUUCUCUGCCAUGUUGUCGCUUUUAUUCUUUUUCGCAUUGUCAACACUUUGCCUUUCCAUUCUUUAGAACUGCACAUUGCAAUUUGUUGGUAACUUUAUAGUCUUUGAUACAUGCUCGGAAAAAUCUGCAGUCUUUGUAAA